UACACAACUUCAUGUCCCAAGCAUUCUGCCCCAUCUAUGGCUCAAGAAACAGAGGGAGGAUUGCUCGGCUUAGAUCUUUGACGUGUGAAUCAUGGUGCAGAUGAUUAUGAUUGACCCAGCAGAGUACCAGCAGCAACGAAGAGAGCAGCUGCAGGAAUUCUUGGCUAGACAUGGAUUCUCCGAUGUCAAUAGCCCAGCUUGUGAUUCUCAUGGCAGUGUUCGUUUUGAGGCACUUUCUCCACUGCAAGUGGCCCGCCAAACAGGCAACACGGAGAUGGCAGAGAUACUCCUUGAAGCGGGUGCCAAACGUCCACACGGAUUGAAGGAUUUCGGUGUGACUUUGGGUUUGCGCAGCGCCUUGAGUUUCAUGUCCCGAUCAUCCGUUGAAUCGCAGGAGGAACUCAAGGAGAGGAGACCUUCAAAAUCUUGUUUGAAACGAGCAAGCAGCUGGGAGAUUGACGAGGAUGUGAUCCAAACAGUUCUGCUUUAGGAUCCCACAUAGUUCCUUAGACACCUGCAGGUACAAUACCUCAGGUCUUGCUACCUCUUGCGGAGAGCAUACCAGGUGCUCGCUGCAAGAUGCUAGAGCAAAGACGGUCUCGCAAGAUGGUGCUUGCUACUCCUUGAAUGUCGGUGCCAGAUGUUCAAAAUGGGCAAAGUCUCGCACCGUGUUUCAGUUGGGCACCUUGUGCCCACUUAGUUUCCAAGAUAUCCCUCAAAGCCGUCUUGCAAAGAGCAUGCUAGGUGCUCCUUGCAGGACGGUACUACGUGACUCCUAGGAUACUCCUAGGUUUGCUAUGUUUGGCUCUUAGCUUUCAAGACUGCAUGCGUGUGCACCAGUUUGGGCACCUGGUCCAGCCAUGUGCACAUGCAGCAGGGAUUGGGUCACGCAAGUUUGGACGCCUGGUCCGGCAACUUAGUUGCAACGCUUGCGAUGGCAGCAAGACAUGGCAUAGUGAACUUUGCAAGCAAAAAAUGUUGCAUGGCAGCGGGGGUGCGCGUGUCUUUUUCUAUAUUUUUUGCUUCUCAGUUGUUGCCUGACAUGGGCGUAUGCGCGCUCCAAAGGCCUAAAGGUCCUACCUACGGCUGUUUCAGGCCCCUUCCAGCUUCCAAAGGGUUCCUGAGUGGGACUCAGUGGGGUGUGCCACACCACAGCAGCGUUUCUCCCUCUGUGCUUGAUGAUUCCACUGCCAGAGGCCGUGCCAAAGCACAUCGACCCAACCCAAAAAGUUCAGAAAGUGAUCCAUAUGGUGCUUACUAGGA